AUGUACAAGGACUUUCCCAGCCUUUCACCGGAAAACGAGAAAGAGCUUGUGGAAAAACUCUCUCACUGGGCCUUGGCCAAUGGACUUGUUAUGUACCCGCCUCAGUGGCAGCUCCACUCUGCUAGCAAUGCACCUAUUACAAUGUUUCCAACACCGUUUCCUAGAGACUUGUUUGAGAACGCCAUGAAGGUGCAGACUGUGUUCAACAAAUUGUAUGCAAAUGUUGUUUCGCACGAGAAGGUCUGGCUCGUGGAUUUAAUCAAGUCAUUGGCAAAGUUCGAUAAGGAUUUCACGGGGAAGUUGUAUGAGACUUAUGUGAAGGCUGUGGAACAAAGCGGCGGUACAUUGCCUCAGCCUUUGAGCUUAGGAGUCUUUCGCUCAGAUUACAUGUAUAAUCAAACCGAUCAUUCCGUGAAACAGAUCGAGUUCAAUACCGUGAGUAUCUCCUUUGGUGGUUUAUCCACCAAAGUGGGCAAAGCACAGAACUACUUGAACGAUAGUGGAGCUUAUGAUGACAAUUACUCUUUGAAAUACUAUCCACUGGACGACAUCCCGGUUUCUGAGUCCAUUGCAAGAAUUGCUGAUGGUUUGGCAGCAGGCAAUUACUUCUACAAUGAUGAGAAUGACAACAAGAAGACUGUGGUUCUUUUUGUAGUCCAGCCAGGGGAGCGUAACUGUUUCGAUCAAAGACUUGUAGAAUACGCCUUACUCGAGAAACACGGCAUCAAAUCGUACAGAUCGACUUUAGAAGAGAUUAAGGAGAAGACCACCAUCAAUUCUGGCAAAUUGUACAUCAGGGCCACCAUGGAUGAGGUUUCUGUUGUAUAUUAUCGCUCAGGAUAUGCUCCUUCGGACUACUCGAUGGACCCAGAGAAAACUUGGGAUGCUAGACUUCAUUUGGAGUUAUCUAAAGCUAUUAAGUGCCCAUCUUUGUUGACGCAGCUCUCGGGGUCAAAGAAGAUUCAGCAGGUUUUGACUGAUCCAGAGAUAGUAAAAGCUUUCCUAAAGGACUCUUCGCCCGAAGAAAUUGACCUCUUGCUCUCCACAUUUGUAAAGAUUUAUCCCUUGGAUGAUACGGAGGCUGGCAAGAAAGCUAAGCGGUUAGCAUUCGAUGAGCCUCAAAAGUUCGUCCUCAAGCCGCAAAGAGAAGGAGGUGGAAACAACGUGUACAAGGAGGACAUACGAGGUCACUUGAAGUCCUUGGACGAGUCUGAAUGGGGCGCCUACGUUUUGAUGGAGCUCAUUCACCCUCCCACACAUAAAAACAAGAUUAUUAAAGAAGGACAAAUCUAUCACGAGGACAUUGUAUCGGAACUUGGCAUUUUUGGUACCAUAGUAUUCAAUGAAGAGACUGGCGAGAUCAAGUCAAAUGAGAACGCCGGAUUCUUGUUGAGAUCCAAGUUCAGUUCCAGUGACGAGGGCGGCGUUGCUGCCGGUUUUGGUUGUGUCGACAGUGUCUACUUGUACUGA